AUGGAUUCGUCCGAGUUUAGAGAUCGAGGGAAGGAGAUGGUGGACUAUAUUGCUGAUUACAUGGACACUUUGUCCUUGAGGAGGGUGACACCAGAAGUGGAGCCGGGCUACCUCCGUGAUCUACUGCCAUCUAGAGCUCCUAGAAAAGGGGAGAAUUUUACAGCCAUCAUGAAAGACAUUGAACGUGCGAUAAUGCCAGGGAUAACACACUGGCAGCAUCCGAAUUUCCAUGCUUACUUCCCCGCCGGAAACUCUUAUCCGUCUAUCCUUGGGGACAUGCUGUCUGCAGCUAUCGGCUGCAUUGGAUUCUCCUGGGCCGCAAGUCCUGCCUGCACUGAACUUGAAAUUAUAACUUUGGACUGGGUCGGUAAGUCAAUAAUUAGCACAUAUGGUUCCGCAAGUGAAUGUAUACUGGUUGCACUACUAGCUGCCCGACACACAGCCAUGAGACAACUCAAAAACCGAUUCCCCUUCAUCGAGGAUGGAUUAUUACUGUCUAAACUUGUGGCAUAUUCAUCGAAACUCGCACAUUCAUGUGUGGAGAAGGCAGGAAUGAUAGGUUUUGUGAAGAUGCGUCAGCUGGAUGUUGAUGAAAAGUACUCUCUCCGUGGUCAAGUUUUGGACAAUGCUAUAGAGGAAGAUCGACGGUUGGGUCUCAUUCCUUUCUUUGUUUGUGGCACUCUUGGUACAACAGCAUGCUGCUCCUUCGAUAACAUUCAAGAAAUAGGUGAAGUCUGCGCCAAAGAGAAUGUUUGGCUUCACGUGGACGCAGCAUACGCUGGCAAUGCCAUGAUUUGUCCAGAGUUUCAACACUUACUAAAAGGGAUUGAGAAUGCAAACUCUCUUAAUUUCAACACCAACAAAUGGCUCCAAGUCAACUUUGAUUGCUCAUUGAUGUGGGUGAAGGACAACGAGGCACUCACAACUGCUCUGACUGUGGACCCCCUUUACCUGCAACAUAAACAUGGUGACAAGGCAAUCGAUUUCAGGCACUGGGGCAUUCCUUUGAGUCGGCGAUUCCGGGCCAUAAAACUGUGGUUCGUUAUUCGAACCUAUGGAUUGGAGGGGCUCCAACAUCGUAUUAGAGAGCAUGUGCGUCUUGCAAAGCUGUUUAAGAAGUUGGUGGAGACUGACGAUCGUUUUGAAAUCAUGGGUGAAGUGACGAUGGGUUUAGUUUGCUUUCGGUUACAG